AUGGCGGCCGCCCCACCGCUCUCCAAGGCAGAAUAUUUGAAACGUUACUUGUCGGGGCCCGAGGCAGCAGUCGAUGCGGGCUCCGAGGCAAAUCGUAAGCGCCGCAAAAAGCGGCCGAAGCCGACUGGUGCUGGAGGCAAAGGGAUGCGCAUUGUGGAUGAUGAUGUGAGUUGGGCAAAUAUUUCUACUAAGUCAGAAAAAGAAGAAGAGGAAGAAGAAGGAGAUUUGCCUGUGGUAGCUGAAUUCAUUGAUGAACGCCCAGAAGAAGUGAAACAAAUGGAAGCAUUCCGGACCAGUAACAAGUGGAAGCUCUUAGGUGAACAAAAGCAAGACCUAUCCCCACCCAGGAGGGCUCGUCACAACUCCUCAGACUCUUCACCUCCUAGGAGGGCCCGUCAUGAUUCCUCUGACUCAACACCUCCCAGAAGGUCCCGUCAUGACUCUUUGGAUUCCUCUGACUCAACACCUCCCAGAAGGGCCCGUCAUGACUCUUCAGAUUCCUCAGACUCUACAUCUAGUAGGGCCCGUCAUAACUCUUCAGAUUCCUCGUACUCCACACCACCCAGGAAGGUCCGUCAUGACUCCCCAGACUCCUUGCCUACAAAGAAGGCUCGUCAUGAUUCCCCAGACUCCUCUCCUCUCAAGAAGACUCAUCACAACUCCUCAGGUUCCAUACCAUACAGGAGGGUGCGUCAUGACUCCCUGGAUUCCUCACCUCCCAGGAGGUCCCGUCAUGACUCUCCAGACUUGUCUCCACCCAGGAGAGUCCCUGAGGCCUGUCAUUCACUAUCUAGUAAAGCCUUUGCUAAGUCCUCUAGUCGUCUGAAGGAGAAGAGCAGUAGACAUGGGGAUGAAUCUUCUCGACAUAAAAAUCGGUCAUCUUCCUCUUUUCAGCCAGGGAAACAGCUGCAUGACUCCAGAGGCUCUUCUUCUAGCCAUAGGAAAUUCAAGACAUACCCUUCAUCCAAGAAACACCAGAGACAUAAUGUAGAUUCUUCUCUCCCUGGGAAGAGCAGUCAGCAUGCCUAUGACUCAGACCUGUCUCCUCCACGGAACAAACAGAAACGAGACUCUGAUUCAGACCUCUCCCCACCAAGAAGGAAGCAAAGAACUAGGUCUUCUGAUUCAGAUCUCUCUCCACCUCGAAGGAGUCAGCCUUCUGGAAGAAAGGCCACGCAGAUGUUUUCUGGGGCCAAAACUGGGUUGGUGUCUGAUGUAAGGAGAGAGCAGCAGGAGCUCAGGAGGCAGGACCGAGAAACCAAACAUUUGGAAGCUGAAUUUCAAAAUGCUGAAACCAUUUUUCGAGAUAAGUCUGGUCGUAAGAGGGACCUGAAGUUGGAACGUUUGGAGCAACGGCGAAAAGAAGAGGAAGAAUCAGAGAAAAAUGAGCAGUAUGCUCAGUGGGGAAAGGGCCUUGCCCAGAGCCGGCAGCAGCAACAGAAUGUGGAGGAUGCAAUGAAGGAGAUGCAGAAGCCAUUGGCCCGCUACAUCAAUGAUGAGGACCUGGAUCAGAUGCUUCGAGAACAGGAGAGAGAGGGUGACCCCAUGGCCAACUUCAUUAAGAAGAAUAAGGCCAAGGAGAACAAGGAUAAGAAAGAAAAGCCUCGCUACAAUGGCCCUGCACCUCCUCUGAACAGAUUUAAUAUCUGGCCUGGAUAUCGUUGGGAUGGGGUGGACAGGUCCAAUGGCUUUGAGGAGAAACGUUUUUCCAGAAUUGCCAGCAAGAAAGCCGUUGAAGAACUUGCCUAUAAAUGGAGUGUUGAGGAUAUGUAGCUCCUGUAACUAAGCAGUGGCUGUAUAGAUUCUGGUGGUGGGCAAAGGACAGGCAGGCCCAAGGCUAACAGUUUACAAAGGCCAGCCAUUCAUGGUUGCCACCAAUGACCCUGGUUGAGAGCUUAGGCUUUGAUAACUAGGCUGGGGGUACCAUGACCCAGGGAAAUGUCCUUAUUCUUCAGUCAUUCACACAACUGUUUCUCCUGUCUUUUAAGUGACACGUGCACCACCAAGGGUUAUACAGGUACCCCAGAGGCCAAUCUUGACUGGGCUUUUUCUUUUUUU